UCAGCAGAGGUAAUCCAGACAGAGCAGGCUGGUUUGGUUUAAUCUGGAAGGUUGUUGUAAUAACUGACAGACGGAAAAGCACAGGGAAAGGCCUGGCAGCUGUAUAAAGCUCCCUCUGAGCCUUGAGCCCUGUAGAAGUACAUCAGCCUCAGCCACCAGUAUGACCAGCCAGUCCCAAGGAAUCCAGCAGCUUUUGCAGGCAGAAAAACGUGCCAAGGACAAGCUGGAGGAAGCCAAAAAGAGAAAGGGAAGGAGACUGAAGCAGGCCAAAGAAGAAGCUAUAGCUGAGAUAGAUCAUUACCGGCUGCAGAAGGAGAAGGAAUUCAGGAACAAGCAAAUGAACGUAACGGGCUCCCAAGGUAACCUCUCUGCUCAAAUAGAAGAGCAAACAACAGAAACCAUCCGAAACCUCACCAGCAGCUACCAGAAGAACAAGGAGAGCACAUUGAAAAGGCUUUUGAACAUAAUAUAUGAAGUCAAGCCCGAAAUCCACCCGAACUUUAAAUAUGCAGCUUAAGAUCAACUAUAUCUAGGGAAGGAUGUUUGAAAAAGUAGCUUAUUUCUCAAUAACCACAGAUAGUUCUUCCUCUAUUGUUUCUGAAUGUGAGAGAGAAAACACUGAAGCCAAAGAGUACAGUUCCACAAAGGUUCCGAUGUGAUGACAACCAUGCAGGGUUUCACAAGCAUUUGGUUGGAAUAGUGUUGUUGCUUGUGUUGUGCUUGCAGCCAAACCCCUGUCACUGGAACGGGUGCAAGUCAAAAAUUACAGAAGAAAUGAUUAUUUGACAAAAGCAGCUUUUCAGUGGGAGUCUCUCUCAUAUCAAAUGUUCUGUACUAAAUGGGUUGUUGCAUAAUAUCUGUUUAUCCCAAUCUUUAGUGUACUUCAAAUCACGUGAAGCCGAAUAUCACAAAAAUAAAAUCAACGCAUUUCUACUGAGGCUAUGACACAUGUAGCAGUCGGGUUAUGGAAUAUACAGGAACUGCCAGUUUUUGGUUAAAAGUAAGACAUCAGAACAAUUCUAUUCUUUUUAAUCCUAAUAUAAAGCAAAAUAUAGAUAUCUGUGUUCAAAAAGCCGCAUUCCAAGUAUCAUCCUGCUGUUUAAAUACAUUACAAGCUAUAUAACAGUUUUUUUAAGUCUGAAAGAUGACAGCAGCAAUCAUUUAUAAACUUGCCUAUGUUCAAGGUGCACUCUAGCACGCUCAUCAUUGCACUUACACCGAAAGCACAGAAAUCCUUCAGCUCAGACUGCUAUGCUAACUAGUCCCUUAUUCCACAAGAAGUCCAU